GCAACAAUCUAGAAAAGUAUUGUCAAGCGUUGUUUUGUCAGAGUGACGAUUGUUGUUUUUGGUUGCAGCUAUUUGCACAACUUCAUGCCAGCAUGGUGGCACUUGCUCAGCUCCGAAUACUUGUACAUGCACUAGCCAAUACAAUGGAAGUCUAUGUCAAUCGCCUAUUUGCACAAGUUCAUGCCAGAAUGGUGGCACGUGUACAGCUCCGAACACUUGCACAUGCACCAGCCAAUACAGUGGAAGUCUAUGUCAAUCACCUCCGAACACUUGCACAUGCACCAGCCAAUACAGUGGAAGUCUAUGUCAAUCACGAACUGAUAGCCCGGGAUAUUCUCUUCAAAAUGCGAGUAAAUUCAAAAGCUGGUGUAACAUACAAGGAAAUGUUUAAUACUCAAUUAAUAUCUGGCAGACGACGAAAAAAAUUAAUUGAAGCAUUUGGUACAAGUAAAAAUAAGAAAGAUAAAGUUGAUCCAGUCCAAAGAUUUGCCGCAGCAGUAUCGAAUGAUGAAAAAUUGAAAAUUUUAAAAGAAUAUGGAAUAAACUAUCCAAUCAUAGAUUUCUUCACAGCAGCAAGUUUGUUGAAAUCUGUACAAGAAGAACCUGCAUAUGCACUGUUAGAUGAAGCUGAUAAGCUGUUAAUUGAUAAUUGUAUAUUCGAUGACCAAACAUCAAGAACAAAUGCCAUGACUUAUGAUUGUUCAGCGUUGAUGAUGCAAAUGUUCAAUAGUGUUUCGGUCUAUGUUAAGAAAUUAGAAGAAGACAACAUACUAUUCAAUUCAAAGCUGACAUUUUUCGCACGUAAAACUGAUUAUGAUGACUGGUUGAAAACCCAUUUGUUAAAAGCCAGAAAUCACGUCUAUCGCCAUGUUACGCAGAUACAACAUCUUGAAAUGGCAGGUUUUAUUGCUCAACAAUAUUUACAGAAACAUGGUAGUUUUGAUGCCGGUGUAGCUGAUAAAAAAUUGUAUUUAGUAAUUGAACAAUUAACUGAAGCACACUUCUUUACUCCGCAAAAUAAUGAUUAA